AUGCCUCCCAAUCACGCGCGAGAUGGCGCCGGGGACGGGGAUGAGGACGAGGACGACUACAUGUCCAUGAUCAUCGAAGAGCCCACCCAACAGCGCGAGACCCUGACCCAGCGCAAGCUGCGGAAACAGCGCGAAUCCGAGGCAAAAGCGCGCAUCCCAUCCAAAGCCGAGCGGGCGGCUGCCGAGGUCACACGACGUGAACAUGCGCUGUCCGCCAGCGUGCUCGACCCGGCCAACAAGGGAUUUCAGAUGAUGGCCAAACUGGGGUUCAAGGCGGGGGAUGCCCUGGGGAAGAAGGCUUUACCGCAAACACAGACACAGCCACAGCCACAGACACCACGAAAGGACAGCACAAUAGUAUCAAAUGACAAUGACAAUGAUAACGAUAAGAAACAAACAGAGGGAACAACAGGCACGCAGAUCAACGACUGGAUCCAAUCCCGCGCCGAACCGCUCCGGCUCAUCGUCAAAGAAGACCGCGGCGGAAUCGGACUGGACAGCGAGAAGAAGCGCAAGUUCCGCGCCGAGGCGGACGAGCUGGUCUCGAAGAAUGCGCGCGCCAAGGCAGAGGAAGGUGAAUACCGGGAGCGGAUGCGCGCGGAGAGAGAGGAAAGACGACUAGAAGCGCAGGUUCAUGCGGCGCAGAAGGUUGCUGAGAAGCUGGAUUGUGAAGAUGAACUUACAAAUUCCGGUGGUGAGGAUGAAAAGAAGCAGAAGCACAAGCAGAAGAAAAAGCCCACGUCGCAAGUCAACGUGCUAUACCGAGGUCUGGUGCGAGAGCGCGAGGAAAAAGAGCGCGACAGAUUGGUGCGCGCGAUAUUCGAGAAUUCAAUGUCUACAUCAUCGGCGGCGGCGUCGUUUUUUCCCAAGCCGCGAUUACCGUCUUAUAGCAAUCCAGCAGAUGAAGAUGACGACGAUGGCAGCGGCAAUAAUAAAACACACGCCCUGCAAGAUACAGAAGAGAACAUCACAUUCGAGGAACAAGAGACAGACGCAGAUGCAACGGAAGAAGACGAAGAACUCAACGAGUUCAAUGCGCUGCCUGCAUCGGCUCGGCUGGAUCGAUUGGUGGCAUAUAUGCGCGAGAAGUAUUGGUAUUGUUUCUGGUGCAAGUAUCGCUAUGACGAGGCGGGCAUGGAGGGGUGUCCUGGUCUGACGGAGGAGGAUCACGAUUGA